AUGGCUUUCCACCAAGCAGAGUUUAUCUAUGAAGAGGAGCUGCACCUACCGAGCAUCCCACCUGUGCCGCACCUGAGCGAUCCAGCCGCACCGGUGCGGGCUGAUGACCUCUGUCCCCAAAUAGUUCUGACGGGACCACCACAACCUCACGAGAAAUUCGCCAAGGAUGGAGAUUUAUUCAGCUGCCAUUGCUGCUCGUACACGACUUCGCGAGUCGAUCAUAUGCGAAGGCACAUUUGGCAUCGUCACAGCACCAUCAAACCGUAUGUGUGUACAUUCUGCGGAAAAGGUUUCAGCCGUGAUAUGUCGCUGAAAGAUCAUCUCCGAACACUUCAUACCGGAGAAAAGCCGUACCAAUGCCAGCUUUGCGAUGAAGCCUUCCCGUCUAGUUACCAUCUAUGGCAGCAUUGUAAAAGAAUGCUUUAUCCGAUGCCCGUCGGCGACGUUUUGCCUGCGAAAUACAGAGACAACUCCUAUAUCGGGAGUUACUCGGCCCGCUCUAGAUUGCCCAUGAUAACCGUGGAAUCGAAAGUCAAUUACAACGAUCAGUACCGAACGCAAGGCUCUCUGCACCAUUGCAAACACUGCGAAUACAACACUAGUCGAGUAGAUCACAUGAAGAGACACAUCCAGGCCCGGCAUUUCGGCGAGAAACCCUACAAGUGCGCCCAUUGCGAGAAGGCUUUCGCCCGCAAAGAGCUCUGGAAGGCACACAACCAGAAAUUCCAUUGGUUGGAACACCUGGCUAACUGA